GUCCAGCCCGCUGGGCAACAGCAAAUUGAAAUGGACAGCCUGAGACAGACGUUACAGCUACCUCUCCGUCGCUGAGCGCUCCCGAAGCUACUCUCUAGCCGGCUUCAGUCCCCCCAGCUGGCAACUCUGAAAGCUCCGGACCACCCAAGCUGAAGCAGCGGAGCUUCUCCGCCGGGAUGCUUUCACUGGAGAAGUAAGAACUUCCCGAGCCGGGGUCCUAGGACACCCUCCCCUGAAACGCUCCGGAGAGAGGGGAGGAAGACCCCUGGGGCAGGAGCAAGGGGAUCCACUUUGAGCAGAUCUCUCUCCCCUUCCCUUGUCCCGAGCGGGAGCGGUGCCAUGGAUGCGCUCGGCCCCGACCUGGGCAACAACACCACCUCGGCCGAGGGUCCUUUCGCGGUAGGCGGCAAUGCCACGGAUGUAUCCGACGUGACCUUCGGCUACCAAGUGAUCACUUCCUUGCUGCUGGGCACGCUCAUUUUCUGCGCGGUGCUGGGCAAUGCUUGCGUGGUGGCCGCCAUCGCCUUGGAGCGCUCCCUGCAGAACGUGGCCAACUACCUGAUCGGCUCCCUGGCCGUCACAGACCUCAUGGUGUCCGUGCUGGUGCUGCCCAUGGCCGCGCUCUACCAGGUGCUCAACAAGUGGACCCUAGGCCAGAUCACCUGCGACCUGUUCAUUGCGCUCGACGUGCUGUGCUGCACCUCCUCCAUCCUGCACCUGUGUGCCAUCGCGCUGGACAGGUACUGGGCCAUCACUGACCCCAUCGACUAUGUGAACAAGAGGACGCCCCGGCGCGCCGCUGCCCUCAUCUCAGUCACUUGGCUCAUUGGCUUCCUCAUCUCCAUCCCUCCCAUGCUGGGCUGGCGCACCCCAGAAGACCGCUUGGACCCCGACGCGUGCACCAUCAGUAAGGACCACGGCUACACUAUCUACUCCACCUUCGGCGCGUUCUACAUCCCUCUCCUUCUCAUGCUGGUUCUCUACGGGCGCAUCUUCCGAGCGGCGCGUUUCCGAAUCCGCAAGACAGUCAAGAAGGUGGAAAAGAAGGGAGCAGAUUCCCGCCGACACGGGGCCUCCCCGGCGCCUCCCCCCAAGAAGAGCGCGAAUGGAGAACCUGGGCACCGGGACUGGAGGCCAGGCGCCCAGGACCCGGCCGGCGGGGCUCCGUGCGCCAACGGGGCGGUGAGGGCAGGCGACUAUGGCGCCGCUCUGGAGGUGAUCGAGGUGCACCGUGUGGGCCACUCCAAAGGACACCUGCCGCUGCCCAGCGAGGUUAGUGGGAGCUCCAGCGGGCCCACGUCCUUCGAGAGGAAAAAUGAGCGAAACGCCGAGGCCAAGCGCAAAAUGGCCCUAGCUCGCGAAAGGAAGACGGUGAAGACGCUGGGCAUCAUCAUGGGCACGUUUAUCCUCUGCUGGCUGCCUUUCUUCAUCGUAGCCCUGGUCCUCCCUUUCUGCGAGAACAGCUGCCACAUGCCCACUCUCUUGGGCGCCAUCAUCAACUGGCUGGGCUACUCCAACUCCCUGCUGAAUCCCGUCAUCUAUGCCUACUUCAACAAGGACUUUCAAAACGCGUUUAAGAAAAUCAUUAAGUGCAAGUUCUGCCGCCGGUGAUGGAGCAAGGCCAGGAGCCCUAGGCUCCGGCACUCGCCACACCCCCUUGGCCUCCCUCCGUCCCCCAGGAAAUAAACGACCCCGGCCAGGCUACCUUCCUGCUUCCCGCUGCAGCUAGCUGCUUGCCCGCGCUCCCCUGCCUCCUCCUCCUCCGUCUCCCCACGCCAGGGGAGGGCACCCUGUGCCAAGAAAGGAGGUCCCUUCAGCCGCUCAGGUGCAGCGACUCCUACUUUGGCCUCUGCAUCAGUUUGCGUUUCUGUCACUGCCUCCGUCCUCUCCCGGCUCCCCUCCAAUCUCCCAGGCAGUGUUCAGGACCCAACAAAUCCAGACAGAAAAUAAACUGUUCUUCCAGCCGCUGCCCCCACUAACAACGUCUACCUGAGCGCCUCACUUCUAGAACUUGGACGGAAAAGUUUAGGACUUCGCUCCCACCCACCGCUGCCCUCUAGCCAAAGGACCCUUCACCUCCCGCUGGCUCUCGCCACUUAAGUCGCCCCUUCUUUUCCGGAUUCCCGACGCUCAUUUGCCGCCCUGGAAAGGUGGGAGGGU